AGAAGGGAUACUUCUACCAGCCUGGGGAAGUAAGGGUCCAUGAUAAAAGCCAGCCCAGCUCUUUGUGCUCUCAUCCCCUUCUCUUGCCUCCUUCUCCUUGGGAGUCAGGUGCUCCUCAUGCCCCAAGACAUGUCCUGCAUAGAGAAGUGCCAGCCCUGCCAGCCCUGCGGCCCCACCCCGCUGGCCAGCAGCUGCAACGAGCCCUGUGUCAGGCAGUGCCAGGACUCCACCGUCAUCAUCGAACCCUCGCCCGUGGUGGUGACCCUGCCCGGCCCCAUCCUCAGCUCCUUCCCACAGAACACCGCCGUGGGAUCCUCCACCUCGGCUGCUGUUGGCAGCAUCCUCAGCUCUCAGGGAGUGCCCAUCAACUCUGGGGGCUUUGACAUCUCCUGCAUCACCAGGCACUAUGGUGGCAACAGAUGUUGUCCCUGCUAAAGCUGCUGUCAAUGUCCUCAGGUAAUGACCCCAAGGAACUCAGAAUAUGAAGCUGGACAGAGGAUCAAACCUUUGUGUCAUUGUUUUAACAGUAGCCGAUCAUCACUGAUUUGCCUGGCCAGGGAAAACUUGAAGAGAUCAACCUGAGGGAGCUGAUACUGGGAUCUCUGAAAAUUUGGCCAACGUCUACCUCUCCUCUCUUUCACUCUCAUCCUUUCUCACUCUUGCCUUUGUUCUCUUGUGCUUCCUUCAAAAUCUGCUGUGAGGACCUCAGAAACCACUGUGCAGGGGCAUGCUGGACUGUGUCCUGUUGCUGGACAAAUCAAAAGAUUCCCUGUGAUAACUCUGCCACAGGAGCAGGAGAGGGAAGACAUUCUUGGCUGUUUCUGCUCCUCUUCAUACUUGGAGCCUCUACUUAGAAUGACCUAAUUUUCACCUUUGUGUACAUUAAAAACUUGC